GGUGUAAUCAAGCGUCGGAUUUGCAAUUAGAGAAAGCCUCAUUGCAUAAAAAUAUCGAAAUGAAACGGAUCGGAACGCGAUCGCCGAAAGAAACGUUAUUGGAUCGAUGUACUGCAUCGCGAUGCGGUUUUUUCGUCGACAACGACUACGACGACAACGAAUGGAGCAGAAAUAGAAGAAAAGAAGAAAAAGAGGUGAACUAAUCUCGCGGAAACCCCAAAAACUGUAGUUGUUUCGAGUAGCGGAGGAGGCGAAGAAGAAAGUCGCGGGGCCGAGUAUAAAUAGUAUCGAUCUGGUUGUGUUUAAUCAGUUCAAUACUCGCUCUCCUCUCCAGCAGUAGCAGCAGAAUGAGAUUGAUUACAGUGUCUUUGGGUGUCCUGUGCCUCGCUGCGGCCCUAUGCUCAGCAAGGGUGAUUGGCGAGGAAGAGGAGGACGCAGCUAAGGGCUUGGAUCAGGCGGUGGCCGCCACCGGCCACAAGAAGAGCCACGAGGAGGGCGGCGGCCACUCGCAUCACAGCGACCACCAUUCCAGUCACGGGGAGAAGGGAGACAAGGGGUACAAGAGCGCCCAUCAUCACGACAAGGGAGGCCACGGCAAGCACGGCAAGGAGCACGAAGAGGGUCAUCAUGCCGAGAAGGGUGGCCACAAGAAAGGUCAUCACGACGAGGCUGAACACUACGGCGAGCACCACGAGUCAGGCAAGAGCCACAAGGGCGGCAAGUUCGGUGAGAAGAAGGGCCACAAGAAGGGCCAGAAGACGACCGGAUUCCACCACAAGUCGCACAAGGACGAUUACCACAAGGAGCACAAGUUCUACGACGACUUCCACAAGGGCGGUCAUCACUCCAAGUUCGGCGACUUCCACGGACACCACGGCAGCAAGGAGGGCGGACACAAGAAGGGAGGUACCCACAAGAGUGGCUACCAUGACGAUCACUUCGGCAAAAAGGGACAUCACGACAAGGGACACUACGAAGAGGAUCACAAGGGACACAAAGGCAAGCACGGCCACGAAAGUCACCACGCCCAUCACGAAGAUUACGGAAAGAAGGGAGGUCAUUCCGGCGGAAAGGAGUACGGCUUCAGCCACGGCGGAAAACACUAAACAAACCUCAUCCUCAUCCACCUCUUACUUACAUCU